CUCUAGCGUACGAGAUUUAUUAUAAUCCCUUCACGUUGCGUUAUCUGCAUUGCUCUGCGCAGUGUUGGGCAACGCAGCAGGUGCGCGCACUAGCGUUACACACGCCGGUGAUUUUAUCUCCACAACUUGACCGUUGCUGAGAUGGAUGAUAUUAACGGAAGACAGCUCCAGCUCAUGGACGAACAUCCAAUUUCGCCGGAGUUGAACGGGCAAACCAUAUCGUUGACUGCAGAGGAAGAUAUCAUCGCUAUCGAUCGGCAACCUCCGGCCCAGAGGGAUGAGUGGACCGUCAGCGAACAGGACGAUCGACAUACCGCACCAGCGGCAGACAUGUGCCGUCCACAGAUCGACCCGCUUGCAAACAAUAGUCCCAAAGCCAUUGUUAUGAUUUCAACACCUCCAAAUCCGGGGAAUGUUGCUGCUGAUGGUGGUGGUGCAUCUGAUAACCGGAUGGCAUCCAUCUGUCGAACCUGUCCGGAUAGCCAGCCAUCGAAGGCGACCCGCACUAGCCAUACCGACGACAAAGAGCCGACCCAUAUUGAUUCUGUGACAUUGAAAUGUGAUUUAAAUGAUUACCUGAUUAACCUUACAAAUAUUAGAUGUAGUUUAGCACAGUCAAACGCUCCGAAUGUUUCUCAGCCGGUGGGCCAAUUGUCGCACCUCGUUGACAGCCCGUCAAAUACGACGAGUGGCCGGGACAUCAGCUAUCACCCGGUGGAUCGUAAGCUUGGUGGGUCAACGUACACAUACUUCGAUGAGCUAGUGCGCUGUACCGAGCGUGAGCGCGAAUGGGUACGGUGCGGUGUGCUGCCGCACAGAAUGCCCCGGCUAAGGUUGUGUGGUGGUGGCGAAGAUUCUAUCAACAAUGGCACCAGUGCAUGGGGUACACCGCCAGGCGCUUCAAGCAACGGAACGCUCAGUGCGUGGGGCGUGCUGCCCAAUCAGCAACAACAACCGCAGCAACAGUCAUUACCACCGUCCGCUUGGGGUAGCAUCAACAAUAGUAACCCAGGCAACAGCGCCAACAACAACAACAACAACAACAACGGAGGCAGUGUCGGAUCCACCGGCAAUGUGGCGAACGGCAAUGGCGGCACGGCCAAUAGUGGAGCAAGCGUUGGGCAGCGAGUUGGUGGUGGACCGUCCGCCGCAGACCCUAAUUCCAAUAAAGUGAACACUCAAUCGACUUCCGCGCCUAACGCCUGGAACGCGACGGUCAACCAUGGACGCCAUGGCGCGUCGGGUGGAACAAACGCAACAGGGAAUGUUGCUAACAACAACGGCAAUCAUCAUCACGGGCAUAAUAACAAUCAGCAGCAGCACCAACAGCAGGCAGCUAAUAUGGGUGCUGGGAAUAAUAACGGCGCCGGAAAUGGGACCGCCACGAAGCAGCUAGAGGUGCUUAACACAAUGCGCGAUGCGCUAUUCAGUCAGGACGGUUGGGGCUGUCAGCAUGUCAACCAGGACACGAACUGGGAGGUACCGGGAUCACCGGAACCCCAGGGCGCUGCCAAUGCCGGCGGUGCCGGCGGUGGAACGGUUGGCGUUGGUGCUAAACCCGACGGAGCCGGAUCACAUGGCGCAGGGCCGAACGGUAGCUGGAAGGCACAGACCAUGAACAAUGGUACUGAGCUGUGGGAGACAAACCUACGCAACGGUGCCGGUGGACCCGCUCAUCUUCAGCAGCAGCAACAGCAAGCUCAACAACAUCUUGCACAAGCAAAGACCGCACCGUGGGUUCCAGCUAACAAUCUCGGUGGGACCUGGAUGGAAGAUGACGACAGUGCCGGUGGUCAUCCGGGCGGUGUUCCCGAAACCGCGGCCAAUGUGUGGAACGGUAGUGCGGCAUCAAUCGUCGCCGGUGCUGUACCGCUGGGGCCUGCUGGAGGACCGGCGGGCGUUGGCCAGGCACCUGGUUGGGGGGCGCUCAACAAUGGGAAUGUAGUGGCGGCUCCUCCCACCGCUGGAGGUGCUGGUACGGUUGGUGGGGGUAUGUGGCCAUCGGGUGGUAAUACAUCGGUUAUCAACACCGCUGGCGCUCCAACCACGACCGGCUCGAUGAACAAUCCACAAAUGGGUGCGAUCGGUGUGAAGAAAGAUCUGAACGAAUGGGGUGGUGGCGUUGGACCGAUCGGUUCGGUUGGUUCGGGCGCGGUUGGAGUCCCCGGUGGUCCUGGCAUGCCCGCGCAAGUCGGUUGGGAUGCACGAUCAGCAUCGACAGCGGGAACCCUACCGAUGGCCGCUGGUGCUGUCAAUGGACAAUCGGCCGGUGGUUUCAAUAUCAACGCCUCGAUUGGUGGUGCUCCUUCGGAUGGGCUUGGCAAUCGGAUCGGCGGUGGUGAUCUUCGUGGCGAUCCACGUGGCAUUUCUGGCCGGCUGAACGGUGCUGCUGCCGGUAGCAUGUGGGGUACGACUGUUUCGGACCAGCGAUCGGGAACAUCCGGUGGGGCGGGAGGCGUCGUACUGCCGGGCGCAGGAGUAGCUGGAGUUGGUGGACAGCAAUGGGGUGGAAACGGCACUGGAGGACCAAACAAGCUUCCCACAAACUGGGACGAUGGAAGACCAUCCUCGCUCGAAGACGGCUCUGGAGGUGCGCUCUGGGGACAAGGCAAUGCCGGAGGACUGUCCAGACAGAACUCGACCGGCUGGAAGGAUGUCUCGGAUGUCAUGAUGCGCCCCGGUGGUGGAGGAACCAGCGGUGGUCCUAUGCAACGCAAUCAACAGCACGCACCAACCGUGCAGGGUGGUGGAAGUGGACCGUUUGGGCCCGUACCCGUACCAGCUGGUGCCGCCAGUGGAGUACGCGUCGGCACCGGAACCGGUGGUGCCCUAUCGCUCGGUAAAGACGGCAUGUGGGGUGGCCAGGUGCAAGGUAUUGUUAGGAAUGGUUCCUGGGAAGAUCAGACACCCGGUGUUGGUGGCUGGGGCGAUGAAAAGGGUGCCGGUGGCGCCCCUUGGAAUAUGGAUCUCGCAUCGAAUGGAGCCGGUAGUAUGGUGGGUGGAUGGAACAAAACACCGAAAUCGGCCGGUAUCGGAUGGCCGGAUCCGGGUGAACUGAACUCGACUGGUGCUGCCAUGGAUUGGGGACUUGGCGGUAAACCUUCAACCGGAGGAUCGAACAAAUCACAACCGCUGACCAAUCCGCUGGAAUUUAUACGUGCGAGCAAAGAGUACCGGUUGCUGUGUGAAAUGGGUCACAAAAAGGAGGACGUAGAGUUUGCCCUGCGUACUACCAGCAUGAACAUUGAAGAGGCCAUGGAACUGUUGCGUCAUGGAGCUGCCGUAGCAGGUUUGACAACCGGAUGGCGUCGCGCACUGUCCGAGGAUCAUACCGGUGGUGGACUCGGGAUGGGUUUUGACGGCACAUACUCGGGACGAAUUCCACCGCUGAAUCAUGCGACCAGUGGAUUGUCUUACUCACAGAACAAUCAAAACAUGCUUAACAACAUACCUGGGGGUGGUCCGGUUGGCGGACUGGGUCUGGACGGUACCGGACCGGCCAAUCUUGUGGCGCUCAACAAUCUGAAAUAUCUCUCACAGGGAGCUGGUGGUGCUGGUGGAGCUGGUGCGGCCCAUCCGUCUUUCAACCAUAGCUCACUGUUACCGACCGGUGGUCGUGGACCAAACCAACAAACACCAGCCCAUCAACAGCAGCAGCAACAGUUGGCAGCAGCAGCCGCGGCACAACCCACCAACCAGCAGCUCCGUGUGCUGGUGCAGCAAAUUCAGCUGGCGGUGCAGAACGGUUUCCUAAACCAUCAGAUCCUCAACCAACCGCUCGCGCCACAAACCUUCAUUCUACUGAACCAGUUGCUCACUCACAUCAAGCAAAUGCAGUUGACUCAAAGCAACCUGGCACGCAGCGGUACAACCGGUGGGGUUAGUGCCGUUCAGUUAUCGCUGGCCAUCAACAAACAUAAAACGCAGAUUGCACAGCUACAGCAGCAGAUUGCUGCCCAGCAGAGCAUUUACUUGAAACAGCAACAGCAACAGCAGCAGCAAGGGCAUCAGGGAUCGAUGGGGCCACCGCCUCCACUAAUGCAAUCGAAUCCAAACGCCGGCCUCAGUAUGGACUUUAUGCGCCAGCAACAGCAAGAUCUCAUGGCACUGCAGAGCACAUUCGGAGAGAUGGCGCUCGGAAAGGAUUCAAUUAUAACGUCCACCGGAAGCGUCUUCCCGCCGCCAGUCGUUCCGCUGCAGCAACAGCAGCAGCAACAACAACACGCCGUAGUUUCGGCAGCCCCCGGCAACGUCAUUGUCAGUGGUGGCAGUACUAGUCAGCAGUCUCGCUUAAAUCAGUGGAAGCUUCCAUCGCUCGAGAAGGACCCGACCGCUAGCAAAGAUGAUCUCACCGAUUUUUCACGCGCUCCCGGCCCUUCGACGGCAAAAUCAGCGUUAACUACUACCACUACCAAUACUAAUAUAAGCUCUCUAGGUCUCGUGCAAGAUGGAACCUGGACAACCGGUCGUACAAAUCUGGCAGAUGGAUGGCCGGAGCAAACGGGUGAUACCGAUAGCAAAGACUGGACCACCACCACCAACACCUCUCCGCAGGAUAAUUCCGCUUUCACCGACCUAGUACCUGAGUUUGAACCGGGAAAACCGUGGAAGGGUACGCAACUUAAGAUUGAAGACGAUCCUAGUAUUACACCGGGCAGUGUAGCCCGCUCACCGCUCUCCAUUGCCACCGCCAAAGAUUCGGAGCUAUUCGGUGGUGUUGGUGGUACAUCCGUUACUGAGAAGACGUCCCCCAUCCCAGCCGACGGCGGAGGUCUGAAUCUUACGUCUUCCGCUUGGAGCUUCAACACUGCAUCGCUAACCUCGGUAGCUGGCGGUACCGGUGGCAACAAGCCAAUGGCCGGUAAAUCUGUCUGGUCCGACAGUUCGUCUGCUGGCGGUGGUAGUAAUGUGGCAGUAAGCAGUUCGGCUGGCGUUGAUGUUUGGUGCGCACCGAUUGUGAAACCAUCCGCUACACGUGGCCCUCCACCUGGUUUGGGAGGAGCAACGGCCAACAAGAACGGCAAUGGAGGAUCGAUCGCUGGUGCACAACAGCGCACCGGCGCUGGUUGGUCUAGCGGUGGCACAUCAUGGCUUCUGCUGAAAAAUCUAACUUCCCAGAUUGAUGCAUCAACACUCCGCACGCUGUGCAUGCAGCACGGUCCGAUCCUAAACUUCCACUCGUACCCAGCUCACGGGCUAGCCCUGUGCCGGUACGCAACUCGCGAGGAAGCAGCGAAAGCUCAACAGGCGCUCAACAAUUGUACGCUCGGUUCGAGCACGAUCAGUGCCGAGUGUCCGGGCAGCGAGUCGGAAGUGCAAACGUAUCUGCAGCAGCUGGGCGGGACAGGUACUUCCAGUGUCGCGGUUAGCAGUAGCGCUUCUAGCCUAACGUCCCCCUCCUGGAGACAGGAGCGUACUCCGAGCGGCUCAGGCGCUGACACGUGGGGCUCUGGGUGGGCCCUAGGUGGUUCCGGUGGUAGUGGCACCGGAACGGCAGCCAAUCUCUGGGCACCGAUGGAUGCGGGUACCGACAACGGAACACCAACCAGUUUGAAUUCGUUCCUACCAGACAGUUUGCUCGGACCGGAGUUGAACUAAACACCACCAACAACAAGCAAGCACCAUUUGUGGCGUCAAUUCCAAAGCGGCAAUUUUUAAAAUGUAUCCCAGAUGGACGAUAUUCUCUUUUUUAUUUUUGAUGUUUUUUUUUUAAUCUUUUACGGUUUAUGCCCUCCAAGAAUGAUAUUACUUUCCACCCUAUUCACAGUACAUACAACAUUGUGUACUAAUUGUAGCUACUAUUCAUGCCCGACUUUUAUUACACGAUGUAGCGUUUUGUAAUGUUUUUUUAUGAAUCAAUUUUAUUUCUUUGAUUUUGCUUUCAACGCAGCGCAUGUGUGUGUGUGGCAUUGCCGCUAUGACGCCAAUUCAUGAACCAGGUGAUGGAAUCUAACUCAACUGGAACUUUAACAACCUAAAUAAACAACAUCAGCUGUUGCUUGUAGUUCAAACAAACCACCCCAAUCCAAGCAAAAACGAUCUGGAAAAUUGGAAAAUUGAUAACGCAACUGGCAUGCAUCUCAAGAACUACGACAGUCGUCCGACACGCCACCGUCAUGGGACUGAGACAAAUUGGUUGGUAAUCGGUGGAUGGUGGGGCAAGCCCAGUACGAAGACAAAGUGGAAAUAUUUAUUAAUUUUAAUAUACACAUCAUGCGACAACAGCGCAGCAAAUGAUGAUCAAAUGCGAUCAAACGAUUAUGGAGGAGAUGAAUAAUAAUAUGAAACGCAUUAGAUUUACUAUAUUAUGAAAGGUAUACAUAAAUGUUAUUGAAUUAUUUUUGAAAUUAUUUAGAUAUAAUGGAGAGAUAAAUAAAUGAAACCAUUAAA